CUACUAAUGGGUUUCACUGGCCAUGUUACACUGUUUUUCGCAAAUAAUUCCUAAACAAAUUGUCGGAUCAGUAUGGUAUUUCAACACCAAGCCUUUUACACCCCUACAUAAUUUAUGGCCCACAUAGCAUAUUGCUAUAUGUGUUUACGAAGGAGUUUACUCCUGUAUAUUAAGCCGAAGCCAGGCAUGGUCACUAAGGUCGUAUGCACAUUCGAACGAAUGUGGGGUACUCGUCUAGCCCCGCCUACACCCGCCUACAAGCACAACAACCAUCAACGAUGUCAGGCAUGUUGCUCCAUUGCCCACGUGGAUGCAGGACGGCAUUUGUUCUUCGCCUCGCCACAUUGUACAGGAGUGAGAGGACCCGUGGUGCAACAUACAUAAGUCUGAAUAGGCCAUAUGACCGGGUUGCGCACACCAUGGGCAUGACGGUGAGAGGAGUGAGGCAGAUGGUCCACCGCGCCAACACAUCUUCCCUUUCCACACCGGCAACACCAAUUACACCGACCGUCUUUGACAACUUUGCAGUUAGUGCCAUACGGCGUCACAUUCAUCGGAGGUUUGCCGACAAGCAACAUCUCACACUCAGUGUGUUGUCGAUGGAGCUUAAAGCAGAAGGUGUUAUCCCUGAACAUACCUCAGAGACGGCGGUUUGGCGGCUUAUACACACCAUGGGGUUUAAAUACAAGGUAUCUCAGCGAAAGAUGUACGUGAGAAGGGAAUCCCCUGAUGUGGUGUGUCGCCGGAUUGGUGCUCUCCGGGCUCUCCAGCACUACCGGGAGGAAGGGAUGAUGGUGGUUUAUGUGGACGAGACGUGGUUCACCACCAGAAUGGGUCAUAGCAGGGAGUGGGUGGAUACCACACAGGCUGUCACCAGCGCCACCCACAGUCGACAGGUACCACCUGGAGAAGGGGAGCGUUUUGUAGUGGUCGCAGGUGGCACGGCCGGCGGCUUUGUUGAAGGCUCUUAUCUGUGCUACCCGGCCAAGUCCUCCCAGGGUGAUUACCAUGGUGAGAUGAAUGGCGAUCUAUUCCAGCGGUGGCUAACGACCCACCUCCUGCCGUCACUGCCAGAACCCUCUGUACUGGUGCUUGACAGUGCACCGUACCACAGCCAACUGACAGAGGAGAGUCGAUGCCCUACCACAACCACCAAGAAGGCGGACCUCAUCAGCUGGCUCGAGCACCGCAGUAUAUCCAUCCCACCCGCUGCCGCACGCCAUCAGCUGCUGCUCCUCUGUCGGCAGAACCGCCCAGAGCCCCAGUACAAGAUAGAUAACACCAUUCAUGAGUGGGGCCACCAGGUCGUACGACUGCCACCUGGCCACCCUGAGCUCAAUGCCAUUGAGCAAGUAUGGGGGUGCAUGAAGAGCCAUAUGCGUUCCUCCCUCCGGCGAUUCACUCGGGCAGACCUGCAGGCCAGGUUAGAAGAGGCCAAGCAGUUAGCAAAUAAGGACGUAUGGUUGGCAGCGGUCAGACAUUCCCAAAACUAUGAAAAAGGGUACUGGAGGUCUGAUAACAUCCAUGAGCCGGUGGGACCCGUAAUCAUCAACGUCGCCAGCGAUGAUGAAAGCGAGGAGGAUGAUGAUAUGUUCCUGGACAGUGACUGCGAUUAAAUCGUGUACUAUCAUGUUUGCCUAUUUUUAUUCCUACAAUGCA